UCACCGUAGAUUCGUUUCAAAAAGUCACCCGCCAUGAUUGUUGUUUUUCAGGCACAACUGAGUCCGUCCGUUGUGUAGAAAGUUUUUUUUCACAGGACGGCCCGAAGAGGAAGUUUGUUUUUAUACCUGCAUUUUUUUUUAAAGAGUACGAUAGCCGAACAUGGAGUCUCGAUUUUCUCACCUGCGCCAGAGGGACACCAGUGUGUCUAUGCUGAGGGUAAAAUUGUCCCGAAGAAGGUCUCAGUCCCAGAAGGAGAACCGAGAGCGAGCAGUGAACACACGCAGGCAUCUAGACAAGCUGGUAGAGCUGGAAAUCUCUUCCCUGGAUGCCUCCAUUGCUAUGGCCAACAUGUCAACUAUUCAUGAGAAGACGAUGAACAGUACAAAACUUGAUAAAAAAAUGGCCUUAGAAGAGAGGAUGAAACAGCUUGAACGCUGGAAAGAGCGUAAGGCUCUUGAGAAGGAGAAGGAAAGGAGAGAGAAGGAGCGUAAAGGGAUUUUCAAGACUGGCGUGUAUCAUCCGAAGGACACUCUUAUCAUUGUCCCAGCUGCCUCAACCAGAGCCAAGGAGACAAAAGUGAACACCGCUCCAUCCCAGAGUACCAGAGUCACUCGUUCAAUGAAACAACAACAGCAAGCACAGAGGCCUCUCAAGAUUCAAGAUCCAAAUACUGCAGCAAAGAAAGCUCAACCUGCUGUGGAAAGAUCAACUAGGAGCCGGGCAGCUCCUGUCAAGCCAGCUCCUGCACCUGCACCUGCUUCAGCCAAGACCAAGUCCAAAGUUUGUGCAGUGGAACCUGUCGUAAAACCUCUGUCCACCAGAUCAGCCAACAAGCCUCCUGUUACAACAGCUCAUGUAGUGAAAGACAAACCCAAGGACAAGCCUGCAGAUGUGAGACCUACCAGGAGCAGAGCGUUCGUCAAUGCCCCCUCUUCUGACGAAGACAGGAAGUGUGAAGAAACUGACAACUUUGUCCAGCCUGCUGAGCCCAAGGAGCCUGAGCCGGAUCCCGUUGAAGUGCUGACCUCCUUUGCUCCCCAGGGUUUCGUUUUCCAGGCUCCCACUGGCUUGUCGUCCUUUAAGUUUGAGCCUCUCACUCCUCGUUCCGCGGACGCCUUCUUGACACCAAGCCCCACCUUCUGUGUUCCUGCGGCCCCUGUGUUCGACACUGACCCUCAGGCUGAGUCAAGCGAGCCCUCUCCGCCCAAGUCCCCUCGCCACUCUCCUCCUCGUACAUCUCCCACAGUGGCUCCUCCGACUCCUGGCAGCCCCCAGGAACCAAAGCACGAUGUACCAUACUUUAGAUCAGAAAUUGCCAAUGAGACGGAUGGACUGACGAGUCUUUGUGUAAUCUGGGAGUCUAAAGUGGAGGAUGAGUCCAUCCCAGAGGAGAUGAGAGAUCGUAUGCGUACAGCAGUCGGCCAGGCGAGGCUGUUGAUGAAGGAGCGCUUCAAGCAGUUCAGCGGUCUGGUGGACGACUGCGAGCUCGGCCGAGGGGAGAAGAUCACCACCUGCACUGACCUGCAGGGAUUCUGGGACAUGGUUUAUUACCAGGUGGAGGAUGUCAACAAGAAGUUUAAUGCUCUGAAAGAAGCAGAGAGUCGUGGCUGGGUGGAGGAACACAAACCACUGCUGCGACAGAAGAAAGUAGUGAAGAAACCAUCAGCUGUACCUGCCAAGCCAACAGGAACCAAAGGAGCCGCCAAGUCUCGCCUGGCUGCAGCCAAAGCAGCCAUGAAAGCCAGACAGCAGGCAGCGGAGGCAGAGAAAACUGAAACGGAUGCUGGUACUGAUAAGGACGACACCAGCCCCAGCUCUCAAGAACCGCAACCCUGUGCAGAACUCCGAGCAACUGACUCAGUGGUCUUUGAUGGAGGCUUCUUCCAGGUGGAGAGCCCAGCCAGGCCAUCAGGUACAGUGAGGAGAUCCACCCGUCUUAGUGCCGCCGUGCUGCCUCAGGCUUCUCCCUGCUCCAACUACCUCUCACCCAGAAGAGUCACUCGGCGAUCCCUGGCACUGGCACAGACUCCUGUUAACACUGCUGCCGCCUCUCCUGCUCCACCCCGUCAAACUCCUGCCCAACUCCGCCUUACUCUCAACCAGACACCAGGACAAGCACCAAAGUCUCAGCGUGGCACUCCUCAGUCAUCCCAGGAGAGAAAGGACACCAUCAAUGUCUCUCUUUGUUUUUCACCUGAGAAGGAAGUGCUUUCAGAUAACACCCAGCCUGAGGGAAGCCCUGCAGGCCAGUCAGAAACAGCUCCUGAAAUGAGCAUAGCAACACCCGUACAAUCACUUCCGUCAAUCUCUGUAGUCGAGGAGCAAGAUGAAGACCUCUCACCAAGACUUUCCCCCACGCCGUGCAAAAUGUCUCUCCCGGUCUCCCAGGCCCCUGAGCUCACAGCAUGUCUGAGUUUCACGUUGUCACCCUGCGUGACUCCGAGCCAGCCUCCAAUCUCGUCCCCUCCUGCUGUGCAGUGCCCCACGAAGACCCAGGAGUCUGUGUGUCACACUCCAGACAGCUCAGUUGUUGAGGAACUUCCUGGGUUGGACUUUGAGCGUUACCUGCAGCCUUCACAGAGCUGCAGCUUGUCACCCAUGGGGGAGCCAGUUGCCAUGGAGACACUGUCACCCAUGGCAGUGGAUGUCGAAAUGGAGAGUCCCAGAGGUCAGUCCGAAGACCUGCUUACUCGGCAAGAAACGGCAUUGCCAGCGCUGUCUUCAGUGUUCACUCUUCAGUCACCACAGGCCCAGACAGCAGACUCUGCCCUGCUGCUCUUCACCCCGGACAUGAAGGACCGGAUACGCCAGUCUGUCUGUCCAAGUGACCUCAUGGUCUUCACCCCUCCUCUCUAAUGUACAAAAAAAUAUAUUUUCUUUUACAUUUAUAACUUUGAUAUAUUUACUACUUUUAACCCUCUUUGGUGAAAAAAAAAAAACUUUUGUGAUACUGACUUUUAUUUUUAGAUCAAUGGAAAAUAGUUUUGUCUGCAGUUUGAUCUUAUUAAAGUUUUAGUUACUACAAGGAAA